AUGGCCUCAGCAUCAAGGUACUCCGAGGACACGACACCGACGAAGCGGCUCCGUGUGGACGACGUGCGAGACGGAGGUGUUGGUACCCCACCUCAGAGUAAAGAUAAAGAAGCUGUGCUGGUACGUUGGCUAGACAAAGGACCACUUCUUGUUCUUGGCGACGAUGGCGUGACAGUGUCAGGCACCAAGGGCUUCUGCAUGGCACGGACGAAUGUCGGUGUGAAGAAAGGCACGUACUAUUUCGAAAUCAAGCUUCUUCCGGCGGCUGAGGCGUACCAUGUCCGUGUGGGAUGGGGCACGAAAAAGGGCGACAUCAAUGCGCCGGUUGGCUUUGACGAGCACAGCUAUGGAUACCGCGACAUUGGCGGUGAAACCACGCACAAGAGCAAGCGCAGUGAUCGUUAUGGCGAGAGCUUUGGAGUUGGAGACAUCGUCGGUACCUUGAUCUGCGUAAAUUGGGAGGCCGGUGAGAAGAAGGCAGAAGGUGCUACGCCCUCGCCUCUUCCAGGUCGAUUUGCUCCCUCAUCAUUGUCCAAGCAAUCAAGCGACUUGGUGGCUGUGUCCUCUCCACGACGUGUCGACGAUGCAUCGUACAUCCGUUUCUUUGUGAAUGGCCGAGACCAAGGGAUGGCGUUUGAAGGAAUGCCGUUUGCGGAGUAUUUUCCGUGUGUGUCCAUCUACGGCCCUGGCACAGUGAGAGCGAACUUCGGUCCUGACUUUGAGUGCGCUCCUCCAGGAGUUGUCGCCGUGCCUCCACCCGUGGAAUAAGUCGGGCUCGUCUGCCGAAUGCUUACCAGUCGCUUUCCGUUGAGCUAGCAAUGCUGGAAAGGGAGACAUAUGGCGUUUGUUUGAAUUUGCUUGUAUAAGUACUCAAUACAAUCACCCCCGCAC